CAUGAAGGUUUUUCAUAAUAUUGAAUUGCUUCGGUCGCAAUCUUUGUUUCAAUUUCAUUAAUCAUCUGUAGGUAUUUAUAUUUUGUGCAAUAGCAAUGUUAUCCGAGUACCGUAAUAUAGGAUAUUUUCGUAAUUUUUAAAUGUAUUUUAUUGUAACCCGAUCUUAACUAAAUAGUGUACUGUGCUUGAAACGUGUAUUUUUGCAGGGCCACUACUAAUUUGUAAUUUAGAAUAGUGAUUUUACUUUGUGUCCGUGUGAAUGAAUCGAUCGGUUGUCGGUUAACUUUAGUAAAUUAAAAGCGCCCAAAUAGCAGUACGCUAAAGGGUGCAGGUAUUUACAAAAUGUGGCCCGAGCGUCAUGGCAGUGCGGCGAGAUCUGGGACUUUGAAGCUGAUAAAUGAAAGCUCGAAGCAUCAUGAUGCAGUAUUUAAUGAGUUGAUGAGAGAAUGCAAGCAUAGUGCACCCGGUGCCCGCCUUUCUGCGCGCCUCAGGACCGCGCUCGAAAGAAUGUGUCCAGCGGAACGGCGUGCAGUUGUCAGGCGUAGACGAGACGGGUGUGCGCCGCUGUUUGUUGCGUGCAAACGCGGUAAUGUGGAGCUAGUGGAGUACUUGGUACAUUUGUGUGCCGCCGAUCUAGAGCAGCGCGGCGUGUACGAAGUGCCCGACGACCGUUCGGUCCAUUCCGUUACGCCCCUCUGGUGUGCUGCCGUCGCAGGUCGCCUAGAAGUUCUGCGGGUGCUCGCUGACGCAGGAGCUGACAUCAACGCCGGUUCCGAUAGUGGCUCCACGCCAGUGCGCUCUGCUUGCUUCAUGACGCACCUAGACGUCGUGCAGUUCCUGGUGCAGCGUGGAGCCGACAUCCAUCGGCCCAAUCACAAUGGAGGCACCUGUCUCAUUAACUCGGUGCAGUCAGUGCGCCUUUGCACUUAUCUACUCGAGCAUGGGGCUGCGGUGGACGCGCAAGACAUGCAAUUGAAAACAGCAUUGCACUACGCGAUCCAGGAGCACCGUGUGGAGACGGCGCGGCUACUGCUCGACUAUGGCGCAGACCCUCGUCUAGAGUCUCGCGCGGGUGACGACGCGCUGCGCACCGCCUGCAUCAAAGGUGCUGCACACAUCGUGAGCCUGCUGGGCGCCCGAGUGCCAUAUCCUCCCGAGCGACUGGCGGAUGCGUACGAGUUGCUGGGCGCCACACAGUUGGAUGAUUUCAAUGACGUGAGCGCUGCGCUCUCUGCCUGGCGCCGCGGUACGGCUAUCCGGCACUCGUGCGGGCCCUACAUCGAGAAGCGGCCGCAGAGGCCUCCGCACCCCGCGCUGGGCGGAGCACGCGAGUGGCGCACCAUGGAUGACCUGGAGGCCGCCGCUACAGACAUGGACGCGCUGCGGACGCAGGCGUUGCUGGUGGCCGCGCGCGUGCUCGGACCCGACCACAAGGACACAGUGUUGCGCCUUAUGUACCGGGGCGCAUCAUAUGGUGAUGCAUUUCGCUAUCAGCGUUGCAUUGAUCUUUGGAGCUGGGCGCUACAAAUACGCAUCGAAAAGGAUUCACUCUUAUAUUCAGACACAUGUCACACUGCGUGUGCACUGACGCGGCUUAUGCUGGACGCGCACGGCGGCCGCCUCGAGCGUGGUCGCGAUCUGCCGCGUUACCGUGAUGUCAUGCGGGUAUUCCGCCACAUCGCGAAAGAUUUGCCGCGAUGCCGCGCGGUGCUGGCCGUGCGACCGGUGUACAAGAAGCAGGCGGAGGCGUUCGACCGCGCGCUGCGUUGCGCGACUCACCUGGUGGCGCUGCUGCUGGAGACGGCGGACGGCUCGCCGGAGCAGCAAGCGUCGCUGCACGCGGCCGUCGCCGAGCUCGUGCGGGCCGACGUGCGUAGUUCCCACACCGGCGAUACGCUGCUACACCUUUGCGUCUCCAGGCUCAACGUAAUCCGCUCCACUUACUUCGCGGAUGAACUCAACGCGACGCCGGUGUUCCCGAGCGUGGAGGUAGUGUCUCUGCUGUUGACUUGCGGCGCGGACGUGCACACGCGAAACGAGGCUCGCUCUACCGCCCUACACGUGGCUGCCAUCCCCUACAACUUUUCCACAGAGCUGGUCGAAGUGCUGCUGGAAGGAGGUGCACACCUGGAUCAACCCAACAAGUUCGGCGAUUCCGCCGCGGACCUGGUGGCAUUGAACCGCGGCUCGCGAGUUCGCGUGAUGCGCUACGUGACGCUCGCCUGCCUCGCUGCACGCGUUCUCCUCGCCUCCCGCCGGCGGCUGUCACCCGACUCCUUGCCGCACACUCUGCACCGGUUCCUGGACCUACAUAGGCCAUGAGCCGAAUGUUACACACCCUGCAACCGUAGGAAGAGGAAGAGAUCGACUUCACCCUGUCCGUCGUCUUCCCCACUGCAGGGCGUUGUUCCAUUGGACUAUAAUUUGAUUGAUAUAUAACAAUCACGAUAAAUAGUGAAAUUAGAAUGUAACAAGUGACAAAA